AUGGAGGCGGAUCCAUUGUCCGACGAUGAGCGAUCGGAAGAGGUCUCGACUAUUGCUGCUAUCUACCCCGAAAUCAAGAUUGACUUGUCGUCUCCAUACAGGGCUUCGCUGGAUCUCCCGGUGAUUCCUUCGACUCCGUUAAGGGUUUGCUUUUACCAGCACCCGGAAGUUGGCUUUCCUACAGUCCUGACUCCUCCAACCUCCCUUGACGCCAGUGAAGUUGGUCUCGGCUCCACAGCGAAGAUAGGUGACGGCCAAACAACCGUUGACCCCGAAAAAGACGUUCAUGUCCUCUCUCACCUGCCUCCUCUUUGCCUUGAGAUCGAACUCCCAAAGGGCUAUCCCUCGGAGAAGCCGCCUAUUUUUAAGCUGAGCACUAAUCCACAAUGGUUGCCAUUGUGGAUUAUCUCAAGGCUCCUGGAUGAUGCCAAACGCCUUUGGGAAGAAUUUGGCAGGGCCCCCGUUGUGUUUAGCUAUAUAGAUCAUCUCCAGCAAAUGGCAGACACAGCGUUUGGGAUUGACGCCAUCCCUGGUUCAGAAGUACGGCUGCCGCGUGAAUUGAAGAUUGCCCUGUUGGAUUUUAAUAAUAAAGCAGAGCGCGAGAAGUUUGAGCAAGAAACCUUUGAAUGUGGGAUUUGCCUUGAACCCAAGAAAGGAGUGCAUUGUCAUCGUCUCUUAUUAUGCUCCCAUGUUUUCUGUGUCCCCUGCUUGCAGGACUUUUACAAUACCUGCAUCACCGAAGGAGAUGUUGAAAAUGUCAAGUGCCUUGCUCCUGGCUGUGGUAAAGAAAACCCCCCUACUGCGAGUGCCUCCGGACCUGUGAAAAAGCUCAGAAAGCAUGAUCGGACGCUCAAUCCCUCAGAACUCCUACAAAUACCCCUCGAGCAGGAAACCGUGCAACGCUAUGUCUUCCUUAAACGAAAGAAGAAACUCGAGGCCGAUAAAACUACCGUGUACUGUCCUCGACAAUGGUGUCAGGGCGCGGCCCGGUCAAAGAAGCACCCCAAACCUCUUGAUCCAAUGACAGACAGCCUGGAGAGUUCUGAUGACGAAGAGGAUAGUACUGUCUUUGACCCUCUUGGAGAUGAAAGCCAGCUCCCUCCAAUGGCGGAUCGCGUUGCUAUCUGUGAGGAUUGCAGUUAUGCUUUCUGCUGUGUUUGCAAGAAAGGCUGGCAUGGCGAACUCGUGCGGUGCUUCCCCCGACGAGAAGCAGAGCUCUCUGCAGAAGAAAAGGCAACGGAGGAAUAUCUCAGGCUCUAUACAUCUCCUUGUCCAACAUGUAAUGCCCCAUGCCAAAAGCGUAUGGGCUGUAAUCACAUGAAAUGUUUCAAGUGCGAUACACACUUUUGCUACCUUUGCUCCAGCUGGCUGGCUGAAGCAAAUCCUUAUCAGCAUUUUAACGAUCUCGCCAGUAGCUGUUUCAACCGUCUCUGGGAUUUGGAAGGUGGUGAUGGUAUUGACCCCGAAGGCGCAGACGUUUUACAUCAAGUCCCCGGAGAACUAGUUGAAUUUGAUGAAAGCAGCGACGAUGAAGAAUUCCAGCCAUGGGAGUUAGAGCAUGGCGAAGAUGACGUGAGGCCCCGCAGACGACCUCCACCACCAGCUCCCAUCCCGCCGCGGGUCAACCAUGCAGCCGGCAAUCAUGACUUGGGGCGUAAUGCCAAUGGUUUGGAUGCCGCUGGUCGGGCCGCCGCGGCUGAAAGACAAGCGCAAGCGCAAGCUAUGGCCGAGAUCCGAGCUGGCCAUGGGCCUGAACGAGCCCAGCAGGCGCCCAUCAGACGUGCUGGUCUUCAGCGAUUCUUAGACCUGGUUCAAAACGACCGGGAAGAUGAGUGGGAUAGUGAUGAGCUAGAAGACAUCUUCUAA